AUGAAUCGGAAUAGUCUCAACUUCAUGGACGGGCCAUGGCCCAAGGCGUUCUUCGCCGCCAUGUCUAUACAAGCCAUAAUAUGUAUGGCCUUCGAAAUAUACACGUUCGCUAUGUUCCAAACCCAUCUCUCAGCGACCAGCCAACCCGCCGAUAGUAAUACGACUGCCCAGUACAAAACCAUUCCGACCUUCCUGACGCUCUUCAUCUUCGGAUUCCUGUACGAGCUAGUGCUCACCUGGGACGCCUUGCGCCUGAAGAACACGAUUCAGAUCAUCGGCCUCUGCAUUGCAAACCUCGCAUUAUUAGUCUAUACCGCGAUUCAGAUCGAUCAGAUUAACACGGCUAUCAACGAUCUGGGCAAUGCCGACGCCCUCUCCGGUGCCUACACGAAUUCAAAGGGCGUCCAGGUCACAGCAGCACAAUCACUCUGGAGUGAAGUACAGGGCUUCCUCAUUGCCAUUCCCAUCAUCUUGGCAGUCUUCACCAUCAUCCUAUCUUACGUUGCCUGGAAAUUGUAUCAGGUCUUUGCUUGGGAUAUCCUCAAGCAGAUUGGAGCAGACUACAGGAUGAAGAAGAGGUUCCUGCACUACCAGGUCUACAUCGCCCUGCUCAAGUUCGAUUUCUUCUUCUUCCUAGGAUUCACCGUACAAUUCGUGGUCGUCGUCGGUGGCUAUGGAAAGGCUGAAUAUUAUCUCACCAUAGCCGCCAUGCCGGUCACCAUCUUCAUCCUUCUGGCCGCUGCCUACUUCACUCGUCAUGAGAACAAGGUCGGAUCUUUCAGCGUCGUCGUCCUCUAUUUUGGAGGACUCGCAUAUUUCAUCUUCAAACUCUUCCGAAUCUACCAGCACGCCAUGCAAUACAUGCCCGUGCGCAAGAGUUUGACCGCUUUUGCGGUUCUAGCGAUCAUGCUGUUGAUCUGCACCAUCGUCAAUGCCUUCUACUGUAUGAACAACUACGGCAACGGACUAAAGGGUCACCUCCUCAAGCCCAAGACUGUCCCAGAGAAGAGUGACGAUGGCAGUGUCGACAUGCAUCACUUGAAGCCGACGGCACCGACCAGGAUGACGAUCGACUAAGAAACCUUUCUGUUUCCCGGCUACCAGGAUAUGAGAGGUACUAGAUAUACGCCGGAUGACGGAUCACGACGUAAUGACCAACUCGUUCGUCUUCAGAGAAGAUUCCAUCCCGCCAGACCUUAGCACCAAGAUUACGGGAACGGCCUCGUGCCACCCAAUUGCGAAAGCAGGAUGACGAACCACGAAUCUGAAUUUAUACCACAUAAAUAUUUGAAUAGGACAUCCCGCAAUUUUCUGGGCUUUUCCUCUUUUUUUAUACCGGCGUUUUUGAAGGGCUAUUUAUCCUCAAUGGAUAAGGGAGGGGCCGGGGGGCGUUCAGCUGGAAUUUCAAAGCGUCAGUUCUGCUCUCCCUAGACGAGGCGAGCAAGCACUGCGUGUAUGGGGCUUUUUCGGGAGAAGGGGGACGAGGGGCGUGUGUUCAAAGAAACCAAAAUCCGAAGAGUUGUGGAGGUUGGCUGCGACGAAAGGUGUCGGUGACGGAUGCCUUCCCUUUUUCUCGCAGAGCCCUGAGCAUUUACAGCGUGAUAUACUUUUGUUUCCGUUUUCUUUCUUCUUUAUUUCCUCUGUCCUUUUUCCUUAGUCUGUUUCUACUUCCGAGUGAUACGCCUGAUUUAUUUUUUUGAUACCUAUCUGGGAAGGGGAGAUGACCUCACCCACCAUCGGCUCGAUCAAUGGAGCAAGAAUUAUUUCUG